UAUAAAUAGAUUAAUGUAGGUGAAUUACGAAGCAUUGAUUGAUGGUAUCAAUAUUUAAUCAUCCUUAGAGACAAAAAACAAAAUGUUGAAAUGGCAAGAAAUCAACGAACAGAACAUGUGGGAAUUGUAUUCAAAUAAAGAUGGAUAUAUUGUGUAUACUAAGAAGAAUCCAGAAAAUGGAAUUGCAAUGAAUAGGACACAAACUGAAAUAGCUAGAACACCUGAUCAAAUACUUGACUUGGUUGGAGAUGUAAAUAAAAGACCUUUGUAUGAUGAGAAGAUCGAAACUGUACUAAUCAUAACCUUAUCAACCUAGGCACACGUAAUAGAAUAGAUUGAUGCAAAUACAAGGAUAGUGUAUGUGAGAAUCAAACCACCCAUUCCUUUUAUGAGUAGCAGAGACUUGGUUAUGGUUCAGAAAGUGUAUAAAUAAAAUGAUGGCAUUAUUAUCGUUUGUUGUAAGACUAUUCGUAUUAAUACUUUUAUAGCUAAAUCUAUCAUCCACUAGAAAACUCCCCCUAUAAAUAAGGUUGAGAGAGCAGAAAUGCAUUUGAGUGGUUGGAUCAUCAUACCAUAACCAAAUUAAGUAAAUAUCUCCACACUAUUUCUUAGAUGACCAAAGUUAUAGCCCUCCAAUGUUUUGAUCCAAGAGGAGAUGUGCCUUAAUCAGUGACUAAUCAAUAUGCAAAAUUGUAAUCAGAUAUGAUGAAAGCAGCCGUCAAAUACAUUGCACUUAAUUAUAAAUGAGUAUUUAUUAACACACAUUCAAUAUUGAU